CAGCACUGUCGCAGCACCAGUUGGCAACCAUAUUCACUUUAUAUAUUUCAGUUCAUUGAUUUUUAUUGGGCGUGCAAGGACGUGUUCAUAUUUUAAACACAGCCGGCAUAGUUUACAACAACAAAUAUGGUUAAAGUCGACGUUAAAUACACUAAGUUAUUCAUCAACAACGAAUGGGUGGACGCUGUCAGCAAGAAGACUUUCGCAACCAUAAACCCGCAAGAUGAAACUGUCAUCGCAGAAGUUGCUGAGGGAGACAAGGCUGAUGUCGACAUCGCAGUCGCGGCUGCAAAGAAAGCAUUUCACCGGUAUUCCCCUUGGCGUACCAUGGACGCUUCCAAAAGAGGGCAGCUAAUGCUAAAAUUGGCUGAUCUCAUCGAAUCCCAAGCGAGAUAUUUAGCUGAACUGGAAACACUAGAUUGUGGGAAACCAGUCAAAACGGCAGAAGAAGAAGUGUAUUACUCCGCCAGCGUGAUUAGAUAUUAUGCGGGCAAAGCCGACAAAAUUUUGGGAAGUACAAUUCCUGCCGAUGGCGAAGUAUUUUCUAUGACAGUGAAGGAGCCUGUGGGGGUGUGUGCUCAAAUAAUACCAUGGAACUAUCCCAUUCCCAUGUUAUCUUGGAAGAUUGCACCAGCAUUAGCAGCGGGAUGCACAAUAAUAGUAAAGCCAGCAGAACAGACUCCGCUCACUGCUCUCGCGGUCGCCGCUCUGAUCAAGGAGGCCGGUUUCCCUCCAGGAGUAGUUAACAUAAUUCCCGGCUACGGUCCCACAGCUGGCGCUGCCCUAACCCAUCACCCUGAUGUUGAUAAAGUAGCAUUUACUGGUUCCACUGAGGUUGGAAGACUGAUACUCGGAGCGGCACCCACUGCCAAUCUGAAACGUGUAACCUUGGAGCUGGGUGGCAAGAGCCCUUUGGUCGUGUUCAAUGAUGCUGAUGUGGAGCAAGCAGCUCAGAUAGCGCACGCAGCGGCAUUCGCGAACGGUGGGCAGUGCUGCUGUGCUGGCACGCGCACCUUCGUGCAGGCCGGGAUCUACGACCAGUUCGUGGCCAAGGCUGCCGAGAUCGCGAACGAUAGGUCUGUCGGUAACCCCUUCGACGACGUGCAGCAGGGGCCACAGAUCGAUCAGGACAUGUACUCCAAAGUACUGGGCUAUAUCGAAGCGGGCAAGUCUGCUGGUGCCAGAUGCGUGGCCGGCGGAGACAAGCUGGGUGAUAAGGGGUAUUACAUCAAGCCGACCGUCUUUGCUGAUGUCAAGGAUGACAUGACCAUAGCAAGAGAAGAGAUAUUUGGGCCAGUCCAGAGCAUUCUGAAGUUCGAAACGUUUGAGGAGGUGGUGGACCGCGCCAACGACACCAACUAUGGGCUGGGUGCCGGCGUCAUCACCAAUGACAUCACAUUGGCGUUUAGCUUUGCCAAGCUUGUGAGAGCUGGCUCAGUUUGGAUAAACACGUACGACCACGUCACAAGCCAAACUCCGUUCGGAGGCUUCAAGGACUCUGGCAUCGGCAGAGAGUUGGGAGAGGACGGUGUUAACCAAUAUCUGGAGAUCAAGACUAUUACUUUAGCUCUACCUAAAGUUCCUCAACUAUAAAAUAUGGGAUGCAUUUAAUAUACAUAUCCGAGAAACCCAUAUAAUAUAGUUAUCUAUGUUAUAAGCAACUUGUGCCAAAUGUAUAAAUAGAACAAAGUUUAUAUUUUUGAGUAAAUAAUAUUUUUAUUUAGUA